AAAACAGUGAUGGAACAGAAACAUCAAAACGUUAUAAAGGCAAAUUAUUCGACACUGGUGAAGAAAAUGGUGGCUGUUUCUGUUGCAGGACACCUUUACAAUUCAAACAUAAUUACCGAAGAAAUGAGAGAACAGAUAGAGGCAGAAAAAACCAAUUAUGACAAAAGCAGAAAAUUGAUCAGCAUAAUUUUAGGCAGAGGUUCAAGAGCAUUUAUGGGACUGAGAACAGCAUUAAUGAAAGCUAAUCAAGCCGACUUAUCCCGGCUCCUGAUGAAAAAAGACGAUGACACAAAGACUGAGUACGAAAGGAAGCUGGAUAUGGCAAGAUCAUUAGUCAUUUGUACGAAAGAAAGAGGGGGUUCCUUAAACGAAGCAAAGAAAACUGAUCAACACUCUCAUGAGCCAAGAUGUAGGAUACCUUUGGAUGAUUUUAACGACGUAUUUCUUACCGUAAUGCCUUUUAAAGGGGAGAUUUACGUUCACAUCCGUCAUUUCACAGAAUCACGUGGUCGUUUUAUUGCCACCAAGAAAGGAGUUACCUUUCCAUUAGCCCGAUGGUUAAAGUUUGAAUCUCUUUUACCAGAUAUUCAAAACUACAUCGACAAUACUGAAAAAGAAAAUGAAGAAGUACAGUGGCAUGUUGGUGGAGGUGUGUUCAUUUCAUUAUCACCAGGCUAUUCAACAGUAGACAUACGACACUUUUGGAAACCAGACAAUGUCCAAGAACCUACACCUACACGAAAAGGUGUUACUCUUAACAAAAAGAAAUUUUUAAGACUUAAAGAUGUCAUUGAGGAGUUGCAUGAAUAUGUUCCAGAACUGGAGGACAUUGAACAUUGCAUUCUUAGCGAGUCCCAUCAAAAUCAGCUUGGAAUGUUAAGUUGCCCUGAAUGUACACCCUUUGGCUACGAUCCACAAGACAGUAUUUCAUUGGAAUACAACGUAUAUGACUUACAAGACCCGGAAACCAUAGAGAGUGAUCUUGAAUGA